AAGUCGGUAUCUCCGGCGUUCAAAGGAUGGGAUUCGAAUUUCAGUAUCAGCUUGUCUGGCUGGUCGCGCGGACGUUCCGGUAGCGAGGUUCCGAGAUUUUCCGUUCCGGUUUGGGGUUUCCAGUGUUCAAACUGAUUGUGUUAGCCAGUCAGUCAGUGGCUCAAGUGUCUUGAAGGAAUUUCAAAUAAAAUGGAAACGUUUGCUGGAAUUUGAAGGCGCUUGACAUAGUCACGUUUUUUAUUUUCGCAACAGUGAAGGUUCAUUGUGUCAUAUUCGCGGAUAUGUGUCAAAGUGAUUGAUUCUAUUCUUUGAAGGCUGAAUCAUUUUUACUACUUCCCCAGAUAAUGAGGUACGAAAUUGAAGCACUGCACCAUCGGUACAAAACAUUUGCAUAUGAAGCAACGUGAAUGAAGAGCAUCCACCUGGGACCAAUCCAUCAUCGUACACAUGCUUCCCUGCAAGUGAAGUGGAUGAAAACUUGAAUUCCGGUGAUAAGAGUGCUAGCAACAAGCAGAGCGCAGUGAUAAAAUAAAACCGUAGGGAAUACGUUCCCUCCUGUUAAGCCGGGACGAGUGGAGCCCACUGGUUCCCGGUGUAGUGAAAAACGGAUUUUUUCUCUGUGAUAAUCGUUCAACGAUAAUGAGCGUAUGUAGUGCGCGACGGCGACAGAAGUUGGUGGAAGCGGUGCUGGUUUGGAGGGUUUUAGCCCUCCUACUAGGGUUGGCCCGGUUCGUACGUGCCGUCCCCCUACUGGACAACGAUUCGUUCUCCCUGCCAUCGCACAUCGUAACCGAAAUGGACAUGGUUUCGCCGGCGGCAAUGAUACGGUCGAGUUCGGUUCUGCCGCUGGACGGCAACCACAGUAUGCUGCUGCUGGAGGCGAUCAACGGUAGCUUGCCGGGCCACACACAGGACCACAUGGUGCUGACCCACUCGAAGCCGGUGUGCAAGUGCUGGAACUCGACGGACGAGUUCCUCGACGAGAUCCACUGCCGCUGCGAGGGAAGCUCGAUUAUGCGCGUUCCGCAGAAGCUGUCGAUGAUGCAGAAGCUCACGCUGGAAAAGGUCGGCAUCAAGCGGCUGCGAGAGAACGCCCUGGCGGUGUAUGCGAACGAGCUGCAGGAUUUAUUUUUCAUCUCCCUGAAGGAUUUUCAUCGCAUAGAAGGCCGGGCAUUCGCUAAGUUGCGGAACCUGCGGACCUUAUACAUAGCUCAUGCACCCAAGCUCCAGUUUCUGGAGUCGAACGUUUUCGAGGGAAUUUCCACCAAAUUGAAGACAUUGCGCAUCAUCCACUGCGGACUGCUGGCGGUUCCGGACAUGCGAAUGCUUUCAGUUAACAUAAUUUUACACAUGGUAGAUUUAGACGGUAAUCAGAUCCAGGAGAUACACGAGAGAGCCAUUCAAAUCAAGACUGAUGAAUUAAUUUUAGAUAAUAAUGCACUCACCGACAUCCAUGGUGCCGCUUUCUUCGGUUCACAGGUAGCUAAACUCAGUUUGAAGCUAAACUUCAGACUAAAGCACAUCCACCCGUCCGCGUUCUUCGGAAUGCGGAACAUCAGAGAACUGGACCUUUCCGGCACGGCGCUGGAAGCCAUGCCAACCGAGGGCCUCAGUGAGCUGGAGGUUCUCCGGAUUCAGAACACCCACUCGUUGAAAACUAUUCCGUCGGUGUACAAUUUCAAGAACCUGCAAACGGCAUACCUGACGCAUUCGUUCCACUGCUGUGCGUUCCAGUAUCCGGCCCGGCACGAUCCGGAUGGGCACGAGCAGGCCGUUCGACGGUUCCACGAGACGCAGAAGCAGUGCAUUGCCCAGGGAUAUGCCACACCCAACGUGAAGGUGGGCAGCUUUGUCGAGCUGGGAACCGGUGCCGAUGGGAUCAAACAGAUGAGCGAUCAAACGGCCGAGCUGGUCGACGACGCUGGCUGGCACCGGGAAAAACGCUUCGCCCACCCACCGGAUCCACCAAGAGCAACGCUCGACGACAACGAAAGCGACAACGGCUGGCUGCGGCACUUCUCAAGAAAUAGCGCCAAUUUCCGGCCAGAUGAGCAACAGGAUAGCACGGCAUCGGGAGCAGGUCCGGACGUCGGAUCUGCCCAGCAGAGCAGCGAAAUGGGAGAAAGUUACUUCCAGCCCAUCACGGGCCUGCCAUUGGGUGCCAUCGCGCGAGAAGAUGUGUCCAACCUGUACACGGAGAAUCCCCUGCUGGGGACUUUCCACAACACUGCAGUGGAAGCCAUGUCGAUGGAGGCAAUGUGCGGGAAUCUUACGCCCACCACAUUCGACGUCAAAUGCUACCCGAUGCCGGAUGCGCUGAACCCGUGCGAGGACGUUAUGGGAUCCCACUGGCUGCGGGGCUCCGUUUGGGUUGUGGUUCUACUGGCCGUAUUCGGUAAUGUAGCGGUGCUGGUGGUCUUGUUUUCCAACAGGACCGAUCUGACCGUGCCGAAGUUUCUCAUAUGCCAUCUGGCCUUUGCCGAUCUGUGCAUGGGACUGUAUCUGCUGCUGAUUGCAUCCAUUGAUGCGCACUCGAUGGGCGAGUACUUCAACUUUGCAUUCGACUGGCAGUACGGUUUUGGUUGCAAGGUCGCCGGUUUCCUCACUGUAUUUGCCAGCCAUCUCUCAAUCUUCACUUUGACCAUCGUCACUCUGGAACGGUGGUUCGCCAUCACCCAUGCAAUUUAUCUAAACAAACGGAUCAAACUUUCCGCCGCCACCUACAUCAUGAUCGCUGGUUGGAUCUACUCUGCCGUGAUGGCAGCCUUCCCACUGUUUGGAAUAAGUAAUUAUUCAUCGACCAGUAUAUGCUUACCCAUGGAAGCCCGCGACACGUGGGACAUCGCCUAUCUACUGACGGUGCUGGGAAUCAACGGGCUGGCAUUCAUCAUCAUCGUCAUAUGCUAUGCCCAGAUUUAUUUGUCGCUCGGCAAGGAAACACGUCAAGCAGCCCGGACGGCACACAGUGGGGAAAUGACGGUGGCAAAGAAAAUGGCACUCUUGGUAUUCACGAACUUUGCCUGCUGGGCACCGAUAGCUUUCUUCGGUCUGACGGCCAUCGCUGGAUAUCCAUUGAUCGAUGUGACCAAGUCGAAAAUUUUGCUGGUGUUCUUCUAUCCGCUGAACUCAUGUGCGAAUCCAUAUCUGUACGCCAUUCUGACGAUGCAGUACCGGAAGGACUUCUUUAUGCUACUGUCGAACUACGGUCUGUGCACCCAACGUGCCCAGCAGUACAAAAUGACCUACUCGUUACCGACCAACACCAUCCAUAUCGUCCCCGCCAGAGGCUCCAUAACGACCACCCUCAACACCACAUCGAACACAAACGGAACCACAUGCAGCCAGGUGGCCAACAGUUGCACCCACAUGGACCUCUCCCGUGCCAACAGUCUGAACGGUCACGUCACCAACGACACCGUGGUGGAAGAGGUGAAUGUGAAAACGGAUAAGCUCAACAGUCUCGCCAGCAGCGUCAUCGAGGAGCAGGAAAGUGAAACUUUCCUUUGAAUCAUCAUCACUGCACAGACAGAGGUGGUGAAAUGUAGCAGAUGGACAACGACGCAGGCGUGGCUGCCAUAAAGCUGCCGGAAAAUGGAGGAAAAAGCUCUCGACUCAUACCUUUUAUCCCCGGGUGUCUAAAAGUUUGGCGGCGACACCGGAAAUCUAGUACAAUCGAAUCUCAACAUAUUUCGUGUCUGACAAGAAAUACAUACGUGCCUGUGCGGCUCUGACAAUUAUAAUAGAAGUGCUCAGUUCAAUUUCCGCUUGUUCCCGUUGUUGGCAAAUGGCAAAAAGUUUAUGCGAUUAUUGAAAGCCUGGGAGGCACUAUACGGAGUUGAAAAAUGAGUCGUAAUGAGUGCAAAAGAUAGUAUUACUAAGAAAUCCUUCUAAGAGGUGACGCUGGGGUAGCUAUAGCAUAUGUUCAUAGAUAUUCUCGGCUCAGUGAAGGGAUAUGAGGGGUACCGUUCAAAUUUAAGUGAAGUGAUAACCAAACUGUUUAAGUAAAUAAGAACAGAACGUCGAAAAGAUUUACUGUUCGAAAUUAAUGCAUCAGAUUGCAUUGUUCGGUCAAUCAUUUUUAUCCCGGAUACCUUGGCCUAUGUAACGCUUUUUGCAGGAUUUUUUUUAAAGUAAUUUUCCAGCAAUUCCUUUCGAUUUUGCAUGAACGACUCCAAGGUUUCCUUCAGGAAUUUCUACCGGGAUUCGUCUUGAAAUUCGUCACGUUGCAUCUAGCAGCGUAAAGUGUGAACAAAAACCUUGACAGCUCGGAGGCGACGCUAUCAUUACACCCGAAAUAAUUUUGUUGUGUAGGCUGUACCUCACGAGAAUACAGUCGGGUUUCCUUCCACAAAUCUUUUAUAAAUUCCUUCCAGGAUGUACCUAUUCAAUUUGUUUUUUUCGGAAACUUUACACGACAUUCUUGCGAGGAUUUGACAAACAGAUUUUUUAAGAAUUACUCUCGGGAAUCCUACUAGAACUCCAGCAGGCGCUCUUUCUGAGAUUACUGUCCGGAAAUCUUCCCGGGAUGCCUUUUGCCUACCGUGUCCUGCCAUGAUUUGAUUUCAGAUUCUUCUUGGGAUUUCUUCAGAAAUUCGUCUCGGAAUUCUUUCAAGGUAUUUUUUUCGAGAUUUCUUAAGGGAUUUCCCCAGAUAUUUUUACAGUUAUUCCAUCAGGAACAGUUCAAGCAACUCCUGCAAGAAUUUCAUGAAAACUUUUCUUGGUAUUCUCGCGAAGAUACCGUUGGAAUUCAUCGUGGUAUUUCUUCUAGGAUUUCUCCCAAGCUUUCUUCAAGGAUAUUUCCACAAGGAUUUCCCUCGGAAUUAUUGCGUGGAUUCUUGCAGGAAUUCUUCUCGGGAUUCCUUCCAGUUUUUUUUUCUAAUUCUUCCCGAAAUUACUUCAGGUUUUCCUCUCGGGCGUAUUUCCUAGGAUUCCUUCUGGGAUUUCUCUCAAGAUUCCUUCAGGAAUUCUUCCAGGGAUAUCUACCAGGAUUCCUACAGGGACGCUUUUUUGGGAUUUUUCCAAACAUUGCUUUCGGAAUUCUUUCGUGGAUUUCUUCUAUAGUUCCUCAAGGGAUUUUUCAAGUAUUUUUCAGGGAUUCCUUCCGGCAUACCUUCAGGGAUUGUUGUGGUAGUUCCUUCUCGAAAUCCUAUUGUGAUUCUUUCCGGAAUUUCUUCAGGGAUGUCUUCCGCAGUUUCUACAGUAAUUCCACUUGGAAUUGUUCCUGGGAAUUUUGCAGGAAUUUCUCCCAAGAGUUUUAAUGAGAUUUCUUCCGAAGGAUUUCUUUUGAGAUUCAUGUAGGGGCUCCCUUUGAGAUUUUAAGAGGGUAUUUUUAUUUGUUGAUUUAUUGAAGUAGGCAAAAGCCGAUGGGGACGAUAAUCCUUUCGAAUCGCUUCUCGCACAGGCAUAAAACCCAUCCUUCUUUUCGAUUUUUUUUCAAAGAACUGUACACUUCCAGUGAGAAGAAGAUUUCUUUGAAGGAAAUCCAAUAAGUAUUGUUACGAGUUAUUUAAUGAAAAAAAAAAUACCAAAAUAAAAAUACAAGCUGGUGAGCAGACUUCUUGGCAGUGGGUAUGAUGAUUUCGGAGUCAACACCGUUGAGAAGCUGAUAGUGAAACCUGCAAGCAGUUAUCGUCAAUUAGACCCGCGGUAUCACAGGCUUCGACCAGACAUAUACAACUACCUGAUAGAUCCAGCAUUUUCCCGAGUCUCAUUUUUACGCCACAACAGACGAAAUCUUUGGAACAGGAGCAAAUGAAAAAGUGAACGCAGCAUAAUGAAGAAACCGCAGGUUCCUUGAGGAACUCUUUCAGAAAUUGUUCGAAAGAUUCCUCAAGACAUUUGCAGAAGGAUUCAUUAAAAAAUCAAUACCGGAAAAUUUUUCAAAAAUUCCAAUGAUUUCUUGAGAAUAGUCUUCUGAUUUUUUUUUUCUAAUGAUUCCCUUAGAAAUUGUACCAUGAAAUCUUCAAGAAAUUAUACCAGGGUUCUCUUGCGUUUUUUUUUUUUGAGAAUUCCUUGAAGCAAUUUCUUUUUUCAAAAUCAUUCAUGAAUUUUCCUGUAGUUUUCUAUAAUUCAACCACAAACAAAAAACUCGAAAAAAAAAUUUAAUAGAGGUUUCUUUCAGAAAAUAUUUCACAGAUUUCUUCCGAAAGUUUUCCAGAGGUUCUUUCAUAAAAUCAUUUUUACAUUGCUACAGAAAUUGCCCCACAAGUCAAUGGGUUUCCACAGAAUCCUCGCCAUGGAUUUCUUUAUAAAUCUUUCCUGAUUUUCUUUCAAACACUUCUUCAAGCGAUUUCUUUUAGAAAAUCAAAAGUUCUGAAUUCCUUCAGAAAUUUCGCAAAAGAUUUCUUUAGAACGUCCUCCAAAGUUUCCUUCAAUUUUUUUUCAGAGAUUCUUUAAGAUAAUUCUCCAGGAAUUAUUUAAGAUAAUCUUCCAGGGAUUCAUAAGAAAAUCGCCAAAAAAUCCUUCUGAAAUUCUUCCAGGGAUUCUUAUAGAAAUUUAUCCAAACAUAGAAAAUCGUCUAUGGAUUCCUUCCAAAGUUGCCUCAUGGAUGUUGUUCACGCCCAAGACGUAAAUAUUUGCUAUUUUGACCACUCUUUCGCAUGAUUCGCACCCAUAGUGCAAAGCACAUCAAUCCAGCCCCGUUGAAAGGCAAUGAGUUACCUACGUUUGAGUGAUCUCCAGUAU